AUGUCGAACCCGAUAAAACCCAUCACUUUUGUCCGUUCGAAGUCACUUGAAUUAGUGGAGUUGACUAGUAAUACUUCUGACAAGAAAAGCGGCGAUCAUGCAAGUGAGUUUUAUAGACACGUCAUAUCCCGUUCUUCUCAGCAAGAUAAGAUGAAAAAUCGUGGUAGAAAUCCGAAUAAUGUAAAUAGGAAACAGGAACCUCCUGUAAAUAAAGCUUGGUGCUCAGAUUGUGAAUUAUGGGUUGAUAUUGAACUGCUUGAAAAACAUAUUCACGGAACGGCUCACCUAAUAAGCACAAAGCACGAAACUCCUCUACCUGACCCUAUAGUAUUAAAUGAGAAUAAUCUUGGCUUUCGUAUGCUUCGGGAUCAAGGCUGGACGUAUGAAAAAGGUCUUGGUAUUGAAGAACAGGGGAAAAGGCAUCCGAUUUCAAUACGUAUAAAGAACGACAAAUUGGGUAUUGGAAUGAAACGCCAAAAACUAGAAAACGAAGAAUCAAAGAAAUUGGCAUUAUAUUUAUCUCGUCUCGAAAUAGCAAUCUUCGCUAUAAAGAUGCAAGAAUUGUCUACUGAUGAAGUUCCUCUACCUUCCUACAUCGAUAAGAGUACCAUCGAUAAAUUGAUCCAAGAAGGAAAUAAUGUAAUCAAUACACAGUUUACUAGUGGUAACGAGAUCAAUAUAGAAAACCAUCUUGAUAGAAAGACAACGACAGUACAGCGUCAAAACACCAGAGUAAACUUGCAAAUUCGCGGUACUCCAACAGUUAGCAGAGGUGAAUUUGAAUCAAAACUUUUGGGAACGCCCAACAAUGGGUUUGCAGAGAAAAUUCUAUGCGCAACCAUGUUUAGAAAACAAUACCUACUACUUGGAAACGAGCAUGGUUUGUUUACCAUAGACUUUUCUGUAAACUGGGACCUGAUAAAACCAAAGCAAAUUAUUCGUGGCUGUUCGUUCAAACAGUUGCACGUUCUAGAUGAUCAAGGAAUUCUAGUUGCAUUAGCCGGAAAAAAGCAACAAAUUCGUCUUUAUAACCUGCAAAGUUUAUUGCACCUAAUAAAACAUAUAUAUGCGUGUAAGAACGGUGGUGUUGUUGAUCUUUCAAAGACUGCUCCAAUCACAAAAAAGUUAUCUCGAAGAAAUGGGGUUCAUGAAUGCGAGAAUUGUGGUUAUAGAGAUGAGGACGAUAUGAAGGAUAAUACAGGAAUGACAGGUGUAGAUAAGCAUGUUUGCAAAAUGACCCGCCAGCAAGCUCUUGCUCAUGGGCCUCAUCCAUCUAUUUCGGAUUCAUCAAAACAACACGAACGCCGACUCUCGAACAUCACAUCCCAACUGACUGACUACAUUCAGAGUCACAUAAACGGAGUCUUCGACACCAUGGAUUUACAUACAGAAGAAUACGCUGUAGCUUAUGGUUAUGCGCGAGACUACACUAAGCUUGAUCAAAAUGAGAAUGUUGCUUCGUUUGUUAUCAAGGAGACCAGAAACUAUAUUUACUUAGUUUGUAUCCUUACGAAUAAUACAAUAGCACUACAUGAAAGUUCGACAAAUAACAAUUCCAAGGCUACAUUUGAAUUGAUAAAGACAUUUUGGGUUCCUGAGCAACCACGAUGGGUCAGUGUUCACACAGAUAUCUGGGUUAUUCGAAACAUAAUACUUCGUACUGGGAAGGAUAGACUUAUUGUAAUCGACGCGCACACUAGUCUAGUAUCAGAACCACCAAUGUUGAAACGUUUAAUUCCCCGCCACGAAGACAAUCCAGAAUGGUUGACGUUUAAUUCAAUUUCAUGGAAUAUGGACUUUCUAUUGGAUGAAGCAAACUGUUCACAAAGUUCGCCGUCAACUGUAUUGGCGUCACCAUCAGAAUCUGUAUCCCCAUCGAAAUCUCCUGCGAGUUUCCGGUCUAAGCAGAAAUGUCAUUCAAGGAAUAAUUCUCGCGUUGAUGUUGACGUUUCUGUAUCUUCCGAAGAUCAAAACUUUUCGGAAUCCGGCCUGCCACAAGACAACCGAAUUUCAAAAUGUCUAUCUGGAGCGAACGCAAUACAUAUAGAAUCAUACCUCGCCAGAGACAAAGCAGUCACUAUUCCACGGUCUAUUUCAGCAGAAGUUUUGUCACCGCCAUUGGCCAAUCAAUUGUUUCUUUGCACUAUUUCAAGGAUGUCACACAUCGUCAAUAUUCGAGCUGAGCCAUUUCACACAUACCGUCCUAUUCAAUGGUCAUCCCCACCAUCUACUAUAAUAUUGCUACCUAGUGUAAACGACAUUCUGGUCGUAUCCUUUCAAGUACAAACUAUUGAAGUAGGUUCAUUAAGACUAGGGAAGGUUGUUCGACAAGUAACCUGUGGCGUACCUGUUGAAUUCCUUGGAGAGUCAUCGUGUAAAGUAACAUCUACGAAAGAACAUAGACCAUCCACGAACAAUAAACAACGCGAGCCGUAUACUGUAAGAAAAUAUGUUUUCUGGUCCUGUCAAUUAGGAGAAGAAAUGUAUUUAUAUAAGGGUACAGUUGUGUUGUGA